AUGGUCCUUCUUUCCCGUGCACUACUCGCUCUCCCAUUGCUGGGCUCACUGGCCCUUGCAGAUGUGGUAAGUCAGAUCCAGGAAAGUGCCAUCCCAGAGAAGUGCGGCCAGAACUUCUGCGACGGCAUACAGCCGAUAAAGGGGGAUCCCGUACAGGACAAGUUCUUCUGUAAAGACUGUCUCUGCCAAAACAAAUGGCUGGGUCCAAAGGUCAUCGAUACCUCCGGCAACUGGACCGAAAUCUUCAAGGGUUGGGAACCGUUUGGAGGCCUGUGUCCUCGUAAGUGGCUCAACAAAUGGGCAAAAUGGGACGUGAAACCCUGGCAAGAUCCAAAGUAUCCGGACCAUGAUGGUUUCAAAGCCGGCUCUCUACCAGGAGGACCUCGCGUUGGCAGCUGUGUGGACCGCUUCGGCAGUCCUUAUGGUGGUUUUCUGGCCCCUCUGGGCACCAAGUACAGCGCACGAGCUAUCCCGCCGAGGAACCUAAAUAAGUAUCCGGAUAGCCCGCAGUUCGACUACUAUGUUUAUAAGGUGAAUAAGCCGUUCAUUGCCCAGCAAGGGGAGAUUGCCCCGUGGUUUGAACAACCUGGGGGUGGCAUACAGUGGGUUGUGUUUCCGGAUAUGAAGGACGGCCUGAAGUACUUGGUAGGUAAUGAGACUAUUGUACCCGUCAACGUCGAAGAUUGUCAUGAGGAUGGCGUUGUGGAAUGGGAUGAAGGAGCAAAUGCUCCUAGCUUGGAGGCGUGGGAGAGUCUGGAGCCGGCGCAAGGGGACCCAAUGUUCUAUCAUUGA